CUGCAGUUUUCUAAUGUGACUCGCAUAAAAUUCACUUAGGCUUUGAGCUUCAGUUGCGCCUGGGCCCAACCCUGCAGGGUAAGAGUGUGCAUGUCCACAUCAACUACCCAGCACCGGGCAAGAAGUUCGUCAGCUCCAGCUUCCAUCAGCUGGAGUGGGUGAACCCCAGCGGCAGAGAGGAUGAUUCAGACAAAUACUGCAAACUGGACCUGGAGAUAGCAGGCUCUUAUCAGUAUUACUUUGGGUGUGGGAAUGAGGAAAGAACCGGAGGUGGCUACAUUGUUGUGGAUCCAGUGUUGCGUAUUGGUCAUGAGAGGAAGAUCCUGCCUCUCGAUUGCAUUACAGUUCAGACUUACCUUGCUAAGUGUUUGGGCCCUCUGGAUGAAUGGCUGGACAGACUCAGAGUGGCCAAGGAAACUGGUUACAAUAUGAUCCACUUCACGCCUCUGCAGAAACUAGGCGCAUCACGAUCAUGCUACUCCAUAGCUGAUCAGCUGGAGCUGAACCCUGAUUUCUCCUCACCUGGCAAGAACUACACUUGGAUGGAUGUGGGCAACCUGACGGAGAAACUUAAGAAAGAGUGGAGCAUGCUUUGCAUCACAGAUGUGGUGUACAACCACACAGCUGCGAACAGUAAGUGGAUCCGACUCCAUCCAGAGUGUGGCUAUAACCUGGUAAACUCUCCUUAUCUGAAGCCAGCCUGGCUGCUGGACAGAGCCCUGUGGCAUUUCAGCUGUGCCGUAGCAGAUGGAAAAUACAGCGACAGCGGCCUUCCACCUCUUAUUGAGAAUGACAAACGCAUAACUAUCCUUCAAGGGCUUCUGUGGACGGAAGUUUUCUCCCAACUGAAACUAUGGGAGUUUCUACAGGUGAACGUUGAGAAAAACGUGGAGCAGUUUAGGAAGGUUCUUCAGGCUGGUAACAGACCUGCGGGGCCUGAGCUGGAGGGAAAGCCAAAAUUGAAAGUCAUCCAGGAUUCACAGUACAGACGCUUCAGCAACACUGUAGACAUGCAGCUGGCCCUGGAGAUGUUUGGCAGACACACUAACGGUCCCAAAUCCAUCCAAGAGUGCUGUGAUUGGUUUAAGAUGAGUCUAGAAGAACUAAAUGCGGAAUGCUAUAAGGAAAUGCAUAGUCAUCAUGAGAAGGCUAUAAACUGCAUAGUGGGAACGGUUUGUUAUGAAAGACUCGCCUCCCACGGCCCUCAACUUGGACCUGUCACCCGGACAAACCCUUUGGUGACUAGAUAUUUUACCUUCCCAUUUGAGGACAUGACCAUGGAGCAGGAAAACCAGCUGAUGCAGAAUCCAAAUGAUGCUUGUCAUCUGCUCGCCCAUAAUGGAUGGGUUAUGGCAGAUGACCCGCUUAGAAAUUUUGCAGAGCCAGGCUGUAAUGUUUACCUCAGAAGAGAGCUUGUUUGCUGGGGUGACAGCGUGAAACUUCGCUAUGGCGACAAACCAGAGGACUGUCCAUACUUAUGGGCUUACAUGAAGAAGUACACAGAGAUCACAGCCAAACAUUUCUCCGGUGUACGUCUGGAUAACUGCCACUCCACACCCCUUCAUGUGGCUGAGGCCAUGUUAGCUGCAGCCAGAGUGGUCAGGCCCAAUCUUUAUGUGAUAGCCGAACUCUUUACUGGAAGUGAACAGCUUGACAAUUUGUUUGUUAAUCGGCUGGGAAUAACCAGUCUCGUCAGAGAGGCCAUGAGUGCCGGGGACAGCCAUGAGGAAGGUCGACUCGUUUAUCGUUUUGGAGGGGAGCCUGUAGGUUCAUUCGUACAGCCAAACCUCAGGCCUUUAGUGCCAUCAGUUGCUCACGCCAUGUUUUUGGAUGUUACCCAUGACAACGAAUGUCCCAUUCAGGUUCGUUCAGUGUUUGAUGCUUUAGCCAGUACUGCUAUCGUCUCUAUGGCCUGCUGUGCCUCAGGCAGCACUAGAGGAUAUGAUGAGCUCGUACCUCAACAGAUUUCAGUAGUAAAGGAAGAGCGUUUGUACCCCAAGUGGAAUCCUGAUGCACUGCCCUCUUCUGUUGGGGAGGUGAACCUCCAGACUGGUAUAAUGGCAGGAAAACUUGCCCUCAACAAACUCCACCAAGAGCUGGCAGAGAAGGGCUUCACCCAGGUUUACGUGGAUCAGCUGGAUGAAGACACUGUGGCUGUGACCAGGCAUUGUCCCAGCACACAUCAGUCUGUUUUGACUGUGUCUCGUACGGCCUUCAAAAACCUAGAAACACACCAAUACAGAGCGCAUCUAGCCCCCAUGUACAUCCCAGGUACGAACGCUUUUAGUGCUGAAUGCCCUUUGCUUUCCAGGUGA